AUGGCAUCCAGUAGGGGAAGCUAUUGGUUGCUCGAUGACCGCUACAAGGCAACGGCUCCAACAUCUCGACCGACCCCGCUCCCAGAAGCAACAUACAACUAUGAGUCUCCUUAUUGCAAGACCCUCAAAACUUUGGCGAAGCAAGAAGUUGACUCGCAGCCAAGGUCUGCUCCAGCCAGCGUUGACCCUCUUCCGCCUGAACCUCGUGCGCGCAGUGUUCAUCAGCAAGCUUACGAGCGCCUCGAUGCCAAGAAGAGAAAGAUCAACGAAGAAAAGAGACAGAUCAUGGAAGAGCAGCGUCGCAUCCGAAUCUGGGCUGGCAAACGCCGAGACCAACUCAAAACGGCUCGCGAACUUGUGCGCAGGGCUGAGGCCGAAAAGCAAAUCGCGCUCGCCAAUGCCCGAAGUUACACUGGCAUUCGCGCGAUCCGUCCUGGUCGCUAG